AUGGCAACUGGUAGUGAAGCCUCGAAGCCAGCUGAGGUGCCAGCUGAGACUGUGCUUGACUGGCAUAAACAGGACAACAAGAGGAUGCUCCAUGCUGUUUACCGUGUUGGGGAUCUGGACCGCACAAUCAAAUACUACACGGAAUGCUUUGGGAUGAAACUGCUGAGGAAAAGGGAUAUUCCUGAGGAGAAGUACACCAACGCCUUCCUUGGCUUUGGACCAGAGGAUACCAACUUUGCAGUUGAAUUGACUUACAACUAUGGUGUUGACAAGUAUGACAUUGGAACGGGCUUUGGGCAUUUCGCAAUCGCUAAUGAGGAUGUGUACAAGUUGGCUGAGAAUAUUAAAUCCAAGGGUGGCAAGAUCACCCGCGAACCUGGUCCUGUCAAGGGAGGAUCCACUGUUAUUGCCUUCGCACAGGACCCUGAUGGCUACAUGUUUGAGCUUAUCCAGAGGGCUGAGACACCUGAGCCUCUUUGCCAGGUCAUGCUUCGUGUUGGUGACCUUGAGCGUUCUAUCAAGUUUUAUGAGAAGGCUCUAGGGUUGAAGCUCCUAAGGAAGAAGGAUGUACCUGAUUACAAGUAUACCAUUGCCAUGUUGGGAUAUGCUGAUGAGGACAAGACAACUGUUCUGGAGUUGACAUACAACUAUGGAGUCACAGAAUACAGCAAGGGCAAUGCAUAUGCUCAGGUUGCCAUUGGCACCAAUGAUGUGUACAAGAGUGCUGAGGCGGUUGAUCUGGCGACCAAAGAACUAGGUGGCAAGAUUUUACGGCAGCCAGGGCCGCUACCUGGGAUCAACACUAAGAUUGCCUCUUUUGUUGAUCCAGAUGGCUGGAAAGUGGUUCUGGUUGACAACACUGACUUCCUCAGGGAACUCCACUGA